AUGCCCAGCAGGGACGGCCAAAAGCCUCAGACUGGGCUAACCGUACCUGGUGAACCCGAAGGCCGUCACCCGUCACCCGGCAUCGCAGCCCGGCCGCACGCCCUCCUAUUGGCGGUGCGGCCUUUCGCAUGGCCCGGAUGCUCUUACGAGUCUCGCAAUUCCCGCGAGCCCAAGUCGGCACGCUGGGGGCCGUUGACACGCCCGUCUGUGCAAAACCUGGAGUUUGCCCGGGACGAACCAACCACAGCCCGCGCCGCGUGCCAGUAUGGGGACGCCGCUGCCGUGGAGGUGGACCCUGUCCCCUGGCUCGUUCGAAUCAAUGACCCCGGACAGACGAGAACAGGAAGCCCUGACUGUCCCAGAAACGACCCCUGGUCCUCCGGGCGUGCUCACGGCCCCCGAAUGGCUCGUUGGAUGCGGACGCGCAGCGGGCUUUUAAAUCCGGCCAGACCCCCAGGCUCGUCGAUUGUUGCUCGACUUUUCUCUUGUCCUGUCUUGUGCCGUGUUGGGCCCAUCGAUAAGCGAGAGAUUUUGACCAAAGUCGCCCGCGAGUGCACAACUCCGCGAUACUUCCUCGCCAUGCCAACAAAGCGCUUUUUGGGCCUCAAUGGCACCCAGCUCCAGAUCGCUAUCGGUGUUCUGGCGGGUAUGGAUUUCCUACUCUUCGGAUACGACCAAGGUGUGACAGGUGGUCUGCUCACCCUCGACUCGUUCCGCAAAUACUUCCCCACAAUUGAUACAACGGAUGCCCACACUCAGGGUUGGUCUUCCGCAGAAAAGUCCAACCAGUCUACGCGCCAGGGUAUCACCGUCGCUGCGUACAACCUGGGCUGCUUCGCCGGUUCCAUCCCCACUAUCUGGAUCGGCAACAUGCUGGAAGACGAGGCUGUCCGCCGCGCCAGCGUGCUCACCAAUCCAACCAAGCACGCCCAAAAACACCGCGAGCAUGCCGAGAAGGAUAGCGAUGGGAAUACGGCCACCAGCGAUGAGAAAUGA